CAAAACAGCGUAUUUGUUAUCCUCACACAUCCCCUCCAAAAAGAAGACAUCGUCAAAAUUUCAGUGGAAAAAAACGGUGAAUUGUAUGAAGUCAAGUCAGUGAAGAAACGAAAUCCAUACAUUCUAAAAUUUACAAUGCCUGAAAAUUUAACGGAAGUAACGGCCAUCGUGAAUAUACUAGUGGAGAAAAAUGGCAGCAUAAUAGGAAGUCGGCCGAUCAAGUGUGAAAGUAAAUUAAGAGAGCUUGAGCAGAUUUUACGGUCCACUGCAAAUCCCGUGGAGUUUAUGUGUCAGGCGUUAGGUUUUAGUCCUGCAGAACGAGAACUUCUAGACAACUGGUUGGUUCAUAGAUUGCAGAAUAAUAUACCACCGCAUUUCAAUUUGAUAUCCAGGUCUGAAAGCAUUGAAUCGGCAGAUGUUCCAGGACGAAAACACAAACAGCAACGCUAUUCCCGACGCGUGUCACCAACCGAGUUGGCGUUAUCAGGAAAUGAGUAUGGUUCAUCUCUUGGUGACGCCAAAUGGGUUGGUGAAUCCUGCAUUGAGAAGAGUGUUGAAGUUCUGGUAUGCGGGAGCAGAGUUUGUUUUGAAGUUAUUUUAUAA